AAAGACUUGGACUUCAACCACCAAUUACACAACUUGAGCUGUUUCUAUAUCUCUUUACCAAAUUCGUUCUUCCUUUCACCUACACCCUCUCCCCCUCCACUUCCACUCAUCAGCCAGCGGUGGUGAUGGCACUCAGAGCUUCAGCCACCGCUAGACUCCACCACCACCAGCCUCCACCACCUUCCUCCUCCUCACCCAAAACCCCGCACCCUUUUAAAUCCACACCCAGAACACAACCCCGUCCCGAUUCUUCUCUCUCGCUCUCCACAUCCACGACUUUAUCCCUCGUAGCUCUAUUCACAGCUCCGAUUGAAGCCAAUGCUUUCACAAUAUCCAAAGAUGAAAUCUUCUCAUCUCUAACUCAAGUGGAAGAAAAAAUCGACCAGGUUCAAAAGGUGAGCUAUGAUGUGUAUGAUUUCACAGCGAAUGCAAUAAAAACGGUGGUGGAUUUCCUAAAACCCGCGGCGGAUGUGGCAAUGCCGGUGCUAAAGCAGGCCGGAGGGGAAGCAGUGAGGAUGGCUACGCCUGUGUUUUCAGAGGCAUCAAAAAAAGCUCAAGAAGCGAUUCAAAGCUCUGGUUUCGAUACUGAACCAGUAUACACCGCUGCUAAGACAGUAGCAGAUGCAGCGGGGCAAACUGGGAAAGUGAUCCAAGAGGCUCAACCGAUUGCAUCAAACACGAUGCAGACCAUCUCAUCGGCGGACCCAGCCACCAUUGCCGUCACCGGCGGAGCUUUAGUCCUAGCUUAUCUCCUACUGCCACCUGUCUUCUCCGCCCUAUCUUUCAACUUUCGUGGAUACAAAGGUGAUCUCACUGCUGCUCAAGUUCUUGAUCUUGUAUCUUCACAGAACUACACUUUGAUCGAUAUCCGAUCAGAAAAGGACAAGGAUAAAUCCGGAGUUCCCCGCCUUCCUUCUAGCGCCAAGAACAAAAUGAUCGCCAUUCCAUUGGAAGAAGUACCAAGCAAAUUGAAAGGCCUCGUUAGAAACACAAAGAAAUUAGAAGCCGAAAUUGCAGCGUUGAAGAUAUCUUACCUCAAGAAAAUCAACAAAGGCUCCAAAAUUGUGAUCCUCGACACGUACACGGAUUCAGCCAAGAUAGUUGCUAGAUGCUUAACCGAGCUCGGGUUCCAAAAUUGUUGGAUUGUGGCUGAUGGUUUCUCGGGAGGCAAAGGAUGGUUACAAAGUCGAUUAGGAACCGAUUCAUAUAAUGUAUCAUUUUCUCGUGUUCUAUCACCAUCUCGGGUAAUCCCUGCUGUUAGAAGCUUCGGUACCACGAGUGCAACCAAGUUGCUUUCCGAUUAAUUAACUCUUUCAAAAUUGUUUCAUGUAGUUAUAUGUUUAUAAUGGUGUUCUUAAUGUGCUUGAUGAUCA